AUGUUUACUAUUGGAGGAAGAUGUCGAAUUAUUGAAGAGGAAAUCAAAAUCAAAAUGAAGCACCAAACCAAGCUAUCAUUGAAAGGUAUGAAGCAUUGGUAGAAAUGAAGGUUUCAAGUCCUGAAAAUGAAAAUGAAGCUCAAGCUCUAGCUCCAGCUCGCCUGGAACCAGUGUCGAUUCCUAUAAAAUUAAAAAGCGAAGACGAUUAUUAUUCUUCAUGUUUCGGCGGAGGAAAAAUUCAAUUUGGAAGAUGCGAUGUGCACGGGAAAUUUUUUGGAAUUGAAAAAUGAAUCGAAUCAUGUGAAGAAGCUCGGAUUUUAUAGAAUUAAAAGAAUAGUUGGGGAUUCAGUUAUUGAGGUGCCACUUCCUGAAUUCACAAGAAUACAACCAACGAGCAGUUUAGUGGUGAGUUUUUUUGAAAUUUUGAAUUUUAAAAGAUCUUUGGGAAACUUUUUUGUUAGAUUCGGUGUGGUAGUUCGGAAACUCCAAUUCUCAAUUCUAACACAAUAAUUCUCGAAAAUGUCGGUCAUUGGUUGAGUGGAGAACUUAUGCAAACUUUUUUGUUGGAUCCACGUGGCGUAGAAGUCGCAUCGAUUGUGCAGAAGGAGUUGGAUUAUGCAUAA